AUGCACGAACACGGCGCGGCGGACCCGGCGGAAAUGCGAACGAAAUUCGACGAGACCGUGGCGGCCAUACUCAGCCAGAAGCGCGACGACAACAAGGCGUUUCUGAGCGCGGACGAGUACCGGUGCCGGUUGCAGCAGCUGAAACGGUCGAAAAUCGCGCUGCGCACGGCCGGCCAGAAAAAGUCGACGUCCGACUACCGGCUGGUCCGCAGGUACGACGUGUUGACCGUGGACGGCCGCGAACGGUUGGUCAGGCCGCGCGGCGCGGCCGACGACCGACAGCGCCCGCUGUUCUACGUCACCAACGACGAGCUGUUCGACGUGCUGCACAAGGCGCACUGCGACAUCGGCCAUGGCGGCCGGAACCGCAUGAUCGCCGAGCUCAAGACCAAUUACUGUAACGUGACCAAGGAGUCGGUGAUGACGUACCUGAAACUGUGCGCGCGCUGCCGCGGACGCCGGAAACCGGCGGCGGCGGCGGCGGCGGCGGUCAGCGACGACGCGCAAAGGAAGCGCCCGCCGCCGCCGCCGCCGCGGCCUCCGUUCUGCGGCUCUCGGGCCCGCAUCGAGCUGAUCGAUAUGCAGGCCCGCGUGUACGACGGUUUCCGGUUCGUCAUGGACCACCGGGACCGCGCCACCAAUUUCGUCCAUCUGGUGCCCCUCAAGUCGGUACGGCCCGAAGAAAUCGCCUGCAGCCUGUUGGACAUCUACGCGACGUUCGGCAUGCCCGCCGCCCUGGAGUCGCACUGCGGACGCGAGUACGUAGACCUGGUCAUCGAGCACAUCCGGUCCACGUGCGACCGACCGGGAAUCGUGUACGCCGAACCGGAAUACGACCGGAGCCGGGCGGAGGACGCCCACGGGCGCAUACGGAAAAUGCUGGACGCCUGGACGCUGCGCAGGAACUGCGACAACUGGCCGUUGGCGUUAAAGUUCCUGCAGCUCCAGAAAAACUGUCUCGUACAUCCCGGUAUGUCACGACACUCGUCGCGGUAAAUGUGAAUACGAUUAAAUAACUGUACCGAGUCGGGACGCACUCCGGUCGCCAAUAACCGACAAAGUUCAGUAAUCCGGCGGAGGGGGGGUGGAGGGUGACCGUUCGAUUAUCAGUAUUUUAUUGGCAAAUCCGUUAGACCGGAACCGCGUCAGUAGAAAAAAAGGCCACCGGUACGCGUAUCGAUUUUUAGCAGCCCCCCCCUUCGAAAAUUAAAUCAAAGAUAUAUUUGCACAGUGAAACGCCGUGUCAACGCAAAUACAACCGCGUACUAUAAUUCCUGUUGCAUACAAAAUGCAUGCUUUCACAAGGCAACACCUUUGAUAUUUGUGAUUUGUAUUAUUUAUGUGUGUGUGUGUGUAUAUAAAAUAACGUGUCCCGACUGGCUCAUUGAUUCGUCGUCGCGCGGCCCGAACCGUCGGACGGAUCGGGCUGAAAUUUGGCGUAUAAAGACAGCUGUUGUGACGCGGGCGUCCGCUAAGAAGGGAUUUUUGAAAAUUCAACUCCUAAACGGGCGAAAUAGGUGUUUUCGGGUGCCGAAAGUGUCAGAAAUCGAAUCGUUUUUAAUGAUUAAUUUCUGUUUAUUCGUGGGUUACUAUUAUUAUUACUUUUGUUCGAACUAUCAUCUAGCGUUGCCGGGUCAGCUGGUGAUGUUAUUUAAACGAUUCGUUUCGUUAAAAUAUCAAAAACUAUAAUCGAAUACAAAACAAACAAUUUUGGCACGUCUCGUAAAUUCGGUUAAUUUGCCCCGGCGAUUAUAAUCAACAGAAGUAAGCAUUUUAAUAGACAAUACAAAUAGGCACUAUACAAGUAACCCAGGGUUUCGUUCGUUAACUAUAUAGUUAACAGUGGCAGGAGCCAGUGGCGGUCAAAUUUGUUAUCGAAUUGGGUGGUGGGGGGGACGAUAAGGAUAUUUUUUAAGAACUGCAUUAUCAUUUACGUAAUUUUUUUUCUAUAACCAUAAAGGUGUAAUGCAAUAUAAUAUGUUGUUGAAAAUAUUUAUGAAAAUUGAGGGGUAAUAGAGGGAAUAUAUCCCCAUGUUCCCCUCGGUUUCACCGUCGUUAAUGGGGGCGUAUUCAGCAUUUUCUUGAUGGGCGGAUAUUUAAACAAAGUGUUUGGGGAGUACCGGCUUUAUUUGAUAGUAUAUGCAACGAUAAUUAUUAAUGUAAUUGUGUUAUCAAUGCAAUGGUAAAAUUGUAUUUUUAUGUUUUUUCUUAAUUUACAAUAAAAAAUCUAAUUUUCUUCCUAUUAGACAUAAACCAUCGACGUAAAAGGUUUAACUGCUAAAAUUGGCAACCCGAAAAAAAGGGGGAAGGUUCGUCAUUUAAAAAAAAAAACCGAAAUCACUCGGUAACUUCGCAGGGAACUAUUGUGUUUUUGAUUUUUUACGGUUCUCACAUACCUUGUAAAUUCUAUAUUUACUAUAUAAGUCUAUAUUUUAAACGUUAUAAAAAUACGGUUUUUUUUUUUUUUGUCACGCUCAGCUACGGGUAUGUCGCCGUAUCAAGCGAUGUUCGGGUAUCCGGCCAGUAGCGACUGGUUGUCGUCCGAUUUCGCGUGCGACAACAACGACGACGGCACUGACGGGGUGGAAAAAUCCGUGGACGAAACCCUUUCCGAACGACGAAGACCAAUUAUAUCGCCCGUCGUAGCCGUGUAGCCGUAAAAACCGGAAUCGGCAUUUUCGUGACCGCCGUUUUACAGUUUUACGUGGACAUUACAAUAAUACGAAAAACCAUUAUUGCUGACCGGACGAUAAGACGCGCAUUUUCGAUCCGCCGUCGUUAAUCCGAAGCUAGCGAGCGUUUUCAGUCCGCUUUCGUGCUGGGAUUACUGUGUUAUAUCCGCGUGAUAUAAACGACAACCGCGGUGACAACGGCGGGCAGACAGAUUCCACUGUUAUCGGAACAUAUGGGCGUACGGGUGCUUCGACAAUAACUUCAUUAGUUCGACGUAGCAGUCGGCAAUUUUGUUUUGUUAUCGCAUACGGAUACGCAUGUCCGUAUCGCGUUAUGGACGAAACGCCGUCGUCCUAUUCCGCGUGGAGGGCGGUGACGGUUUCCGAAGUAGGGCUGGCGGUAUUUGAAAUUUUCACUACCGGUAUCCGGUGUUUUUACAGUUGACCGGUUAGCAUAAACGAUGCACCGAAUAUUAGGCAUCGUCGGUAUUUACCGGUUGUUCGGUACGAGCAUUCGGGUGCGAUUAAAAUUUUAAAAAAAUAAAAAGUAAACUCCGCACACCGCGGGCGGUUCACUGUUUCGGGAAUCGUGGAAGCGGUUUGAUUACUGUUAGCGCGGUGUAAGCGGCGAUAAAUCAUCGCAAGAAAACCAACCGAUUCUGAGUGGAGCUCGAUUCAUUAAACAUUUACAAUCGUUUUAUGCACUUUUCUCGUAUAAUAACUAAAAGUCUAAAAAAAAAAAAAAAUUUCACUAUAAUGUACCGCCGAAUAGAAAAUCCGCAUCUUAAGUUAUUUUCUGACAAAUUCGAGUAAAUUUACUGAUUUCCCGUCGAAUAGGUGUUUUCUAUGAGAAAAAGAAAACAUUUGUAAAACUCAUAAUAAUUUCUUCGAUCUAUUUUAAUCAAGAUAUUAGGAUCGAUAAAUCAGAUUACCUGUUGCCUGAUAACAAGUGACCGAUUGUACGGUAAUUAUCGCAGUACCGACGAUACGGUAAUUACCACGAAUACCGAAAAUACGGUACUGCCGUUGGCGAUAUCCAUACCGGUAGAUUUUAUAUAAUUCCGACUGUCGGUAUUUUUUUGGUAUACUGAACAUACCACCAGCCCUAGUUUAAAAUUUCAAGUCUCCGCGACCAAGCGGUUUUUCUGUCGCGUAAGUACGCGGUAAAUAUCUAUCUGAAUAUUUGACGGUCGGGUUCCUAUUACGCACGCACGUGAUAACAUUGAAGUUAUUGAAACGUAUGUAUGUAAGUAGUGGCGCGACCGCGGGGUCAGGGGCGAAUUGUAAGGCGGACAGUAGUGUUUAAUAAAAACCAUUAAAUGAAACGAAAAACAGCGCGUGUGGUCGGCCCAAGUAGAAAGAAGCGCCGGGUGUUUUACGCGACAAAAGUAUUCCAAUGGCAGACUUGAAGAUAGAUCUACCGAGAGUGUGACGAGACCGACUAUGGUUCGGAGUGUCGCACGGUAGACAGAAAUUAAAACAGCGGACGAGAAAGCUUAUGGGUGAAUGGGCGGAGUGACGAGAGUGGAUAAGAUUAGGAACGAGUACAUAUAAGAGCUCGUGUGUUGCGGCUUCGACAGUUGACAUAAUGAGAGAAAAAUAGACUGCAAAGAUGGUUUGGGCCUAUCGCGAGGAGAGUGGAAUCUGAAACAAUGUAAGAAUUAUAAUGAAAAUCAACGUUAGGAGAAAAGGAAGGCCUAAAGAGAGAUGGUUGGAAGCGAUUGAGAACGAUACGAGGACGGCCGGUACCCAUACGUGAGAAUUAUGUUGCAGAUCAAACAUAAGUUUAGAACGAAGGUGGCCGAUUCCAAAUAGCUGGGACGAAGGCGAAGGCGAUGAAGAAGAACAGACAAACACGCACAAUAGCCGGACUUAUUUCGUACCGUGGGCAGGUCACUGUUGUGGGUAAGAGAGAAAAUUGGAACAUAUGGUAUUUUUAGUUUAUAUUGUACUUACGUCUGAAUGCAACGAUAAAUCAAAAAAUGGUUCUAAAUGAUUAACCCCUUCGCCGCUGGUCGUACCGCUGCGUCUAGGUUUAGUUAUUUGUCCGCGUAUAAAUUAUACAACAGUGUAAUAUUGUAAAUAACAUUCUUUAUUUCGGUUUUAUAUUUAUUGUAGAUUUUUUUUUUUCUGUCUAUGUAUAAAUCGUAAUUAUAUUUUGAAUAAAACGUAUACGAAUACAGUAUUCUUUAUGGUAUACAUCUUAAUAUUGUAUCCUAUAGUUAAAACAACGAAAACUACUCCAAAGUGGAGAGGGGGCACUGGUAAACUUUCAAGAAACCCGCGGGGUCGUUAAGAAUUUCGAAAUGGUUUUCUCCCACACAUCACAUAAACUACAUGUUUAUAAACAUUUCAUGUGUACGCCUGUAAACAAAGUAAAAGACUCUGAUUAUGUAUAAUAAUAAG